AGGUCACGUGAUUGCAUCUGUUGACGAUUGUAUCUGGAUUUGCACAAUGAAUUCGGCCUUUCACUGUGUCUGGUGCAAUGUCAUCGCCUCCCUAACUGACAUUUACUGAGUAAAAAUACACAGGGCUGUCUACUGCACACAUCCACAGCCUAACGAACGCAACCUCCGGUGUUGAGUCGAAAGUAAACGGAGAGGACAUCGUUUUAAAAAGGAGGAAUUGUAUACGCUGACUAAGGACAGCCCAUGAAGUUCACAUACCGAGACUUGCUUUCAUAAGGUCCUGCUGUAGUUCUGGUCUGUCUCCAGUCUCCUGUCUAAAUGGCGAUAGCACGCCAGUUUGGAUUACUAUUGUGGAAGAACUACCUUCAGCAGAAGCGUCAGAUCCUGGUGACUCUCGUGGAGAUCGCCCUGCCCCUGCUCUUCUCGGGCAUCCUCAUCGUGCUGCGCGAGAACGUGCCCUUCAAGGACUACCCCAACGCCACGCUCUACCAGAGCUUCUCUGUGGAUGGCCUGCAGUACCCACUGGACAACUACCAUCACUACCAGUUGGCCUACGUGCCAGGCAACGCCAGUGUGGUGCGGCAGGUGGCGGAGGACGUGCAGCGCAGCCUGGACCCCGUCAUCAGUUCAGUGCAUGGGUUUGAGACAGAGGAGCAGUUUGAGGACUUUGUGAGGAAGGACCCUCAGUCUCGGAAGGUUCUGGCUGCUGUGGUGUUUGAGCACUCCUUCGCUCACGAUGACGAGCCACUGCCCCAACAGGUCAGCUACCACCUGCGGUUCAGCUUUAGUCCCCGUCAUGCCCCGGCCAAGGAGAAGUCUGAGCUAAACAUCAACAAUGACUUUGACUGGCACACCCUCAACUUGUUCCCCCUCUUCCAAUUGCCCGGGCCCAGGGAGCAGUACGACCUCCAGGGGGGUACACCUGGUUACUUCCGCGAGGGCUUCCUGGCAGUGCAGCAUGCGGUCAACCAGGCCAUCAUGCGUUCCUAUAACAGCACAGGAGCAGCCUGGCUCCUCUCCCACACCCGGGUGGUCCUCCGCCGAUUCCCCUUCCCGCCGUUCAUCUACGACGUGUUCAUCCUGGCCAUCCAGAACCAGCUUCCCCUCCUCCUGGUGCUCAGCCUCACCUAUACCUCCCUGAACAUCGUGAGGGCCGUGGUGCAGGAGAAGGAGAGGAAGCUCAAGGAGUACAUGCGGAUGAUGGGCCUCAGUAACUGGCUGCACUGGACGGCCUGGUUCCUCAUGUUCUUCCUCUUCCUCGCCAUUUCCAUGUUCUUCGUCACGCUGCUCUUCUGCAUCAAGGUGAGCCCUAAUGGAGCUGUGUUGACCUAUAGUGACCCCACCCUGGUCUUUGUAUUCCUGCUUGUCUUCGCCGUGGCAACCAUCAACUUCAGCUUCAUGAUCAGUGCCUUCUUCUCAAGAGCCAAUGUGGCGGCGGCGGCGGGCGGCUUCAUCUACUUCCUGUCCUACCUGCCGUACGUGUUUCUAUGGCCUCGCUACGACCUGCUGAGCCACGCCCAGAAGGUGUCUGCCUGCCUCAUCUCCAAUGUGGCCAUGGCCAUGGGAGCGCAGCUACUGGGCAUGUUUGAGGGCAAAGGCACGGGGAUCCAGUGGUGUAACCUGUUUGAGUCGGUGACGGUGGACGAUGACUUCUCCCUGGCCCAGGUGCUGGGGCUGCUGCUGCUGGAUGCCCUGCUCUAUGGCCUGGUGGCCUGGUACGUGGAGGCUGUGUUCCCAGGGGAGUACGGAGUCCCCCUGCCCUGCUACUUCUUCCUACUGCCGUCCUACUGGUGCAGCAGCCCCCGCAUGGCCAUGGUGAAGGAAGAGGAAGACGUAGAGAAGGCUCUGAAGGGAGAGUUCAUCGAGGAGGAGCCAGCUGGACUGGUCUCAGGAGUCAAGAUCAAACACCUGAACAAGGAGUUCAAAGUGGGUAACAAGACGCGGCAGGCUGUCAAGGAUCUGACGGUGAACAUGUUCGAGGGCCAGAUCACAGUUCUGCUGGGGCACAACGGAGCCGGGAAGACCACCACACUGUCCAUGCUGACAGGUCUGUUUCCUCCCAGCAGUGGCAGGGCCUACAUUAACGGCUAUGACAUCUGUCAGGACAUGCCUCUCAUUCGCCACAGCCUGGGCCUGUGUCCGCAGCAUGACGUGCUCUUUGACAACCUCACUGUUCGGGAGCACCUGCUAUUCUACACACAGCUGAAGGGGUAUUCCCAGGAGAAGAUUCCAGCUGAGGUGGACCGGAUCAUCAGGAUCCUGAACCUGGAGGACAAGCGGCAUUCCCACUCCAAGACUCUGUCAGGUGGGAUGAAAAGGAAACUAUCCAUCGGCAUCGGCCUCAUCGGAGACUCCAAGGUGGUGAUGCUGGAUGAGCCCACGUCGGGCAUGGACCCGUCGGCGCGGCGGGCCACCUGGGACCUGCUUCAGGGCGAGAAGCGCGGGCGCACCAUCCUGCUGACUACGCACUUCAUGGACGAGGCCGACCUGCUGGGGGACCGUAUUAUCAUCAUGGCUGGGGGAGAGCUGCAGUGCUGCGGCUCGCCGCUGUUUCUCAAGAACAAAUAUGGUGCUGGCUACCACAUGGUGAUCGUGAAGGACGCGCUGUGCAACGUGUCUGAGAUCACACGUCUGGUCCACAUGUACGUUCCCAAUGCCACGCUGGAGAGCAGUGCUGGGGCUGAGCUCUCAUACAUUCUCCCCAAAGAGAGCACCAACCGGUUUGAGCUGCUGUUUGCAGAGCUGGAGAUGAACAGAGAGGAGCUGGGCAUCGCCAGCUAUGGAGCCUCUGUCACCACCAUGGAGGAGGUCUUCCUCAGAGUGGGGAAGCUGGUGGAUUCUAGCCUGGACAUCCAGGCCAUCCAGCUGCCGGCGCUGCAGUACCAACACGAGAGACGCUCCCACGACUGGACCAUGGAUGACACCAGCAGCUACAGCGGCAUGACGGACGUCACCGACUUCACUGACAGCGGCACUCUCAUCUCCGAGGACUGCUCCAACAUCAAGCUCAACACCGGGGCCAGACUGUACAUGCAGCAGUUCUAUGCCAUGUUCCUGAAGCGGGCGCUCUAUAGCUGGAGGAACUGGAAGGUGAUUGUGGCCCAGUUCCUGGUGCCCCUGGUUUUCACUGUGCUGGCCUUGGUGGUGGCAAAGACCUUCCCCGGGCGCUACGACUCACCGCAGCUGAGGCUGGCACUGGGCCGCUAUGGCCCCACCACUGUGCCCGUGGCCCUGGAGCCCGGCAAGGGACCGCUGGCAAUCGCCCUGGCACAGGUGUAUUCCUCGCAAUUGGCCGCCCAGAAAGCCCAGGAUGUCAAUAUUAGCGACUUCACGGAGUACGUGCUCACCAAGACCGAGGAGGAGGGCGGGGCAUUCAACGAGCGCUGCGUGGUGGGUGCAUCGUUCCGCGGCGGCACGGGGAAGAUCGCCGAGGUCACGGCCUACUUCAAUAACCAGGGCUACCACACGGCCGCUACAGCCCUGAUGAUGGUGGACAACGCCCUGUUCAAAAUGCUGGCCGGGCCCAACGCAUCGAUUAUGACGGGAAACAUGCCCAUGCCCCGCAACAUCUCCGAGAGCGCCCAGAGUCAGCUGACAGAAGGUCAGACGGGCUUCGCCAUCGCCAUCAACCUGAUGUAUGGCAUGGCGUCCCUGUCCAGUACCUUCGCCCUGCUCCUGGUCACAGAGCGUUCACUCAAGUCCAAGCACGUACAGCAGGUCAGCGGUGUCUACCUCUCCAACUUCUGGUUCUCUGCACUGCUCUGGGACCUGGUCAACUUCUUCCUGCCCUGCAUGCUCAUGCUGGUGGUGUUCCGGGCGUUUGGGGUCAAGGCCUUCAUAGCGGACAACCACCUGGUUGAUGUGUUAUUAAUCCUGCUGCUAUAUGGCUGGGCCGUCAUCCCCCUCAUGUACUUGCUCAGCUUCCUGUUCUCCACCGCUGCCACCGCCUACACCCGCCUCACCAUCUUCAACAUCAUCAGCGGCACCGCCACCUUCCUCACCGUCACUAUCAUGACCAUCCCAGAGCUAAAUCUACAGGACCUGUCUUGUAACCUGGACAAGGUGUUUUUGCUCUUCCCUAACUACUGCCUGGGCAUGUCCUUCAGCCAGUUCUACCAGAACUACCAGUUCAUCACCUUCUGCACCUCUAACCCCGUGGCCACGGCCUUCUGCCGUGUCUGGAACAUCACGUACCAGGAGAACUACUUCUCCAUGUCGGAGCCGGGGGUGGGGCGUUUCCUGGUGGCCCUGUCCCUGCAGGGUGUAGUCUUCAUCACCCUCCUAUUCAUCAUCGAGAUGCAGUGUGUCAAAACCCUCCGCCGUUUCCUCACCCACCUCGCCAGCAGACGUAAACAGCUGCCUCUGAUGGGGGAUGCGGCCCUACUGCCGGAGGACAGGGAUGUAGCGGAGGAGAGGAAGAGGGUUCUGGAGUGUCAGCCCAUAGUAGAGUCUAUGGUGGGGAGCCCACUCAUACUGCAGGACCUCAGCAAGGUAUACAGCAGUGGAGAAACAGUACUGGCGGUAGACAGACUCUCUCUAGCAGUCGGGAAAGGAGAGUGUUUUGGCCUGCUGGGUUUCAAUGGAGCAGGGAAGACCACCACCUUCAAGAUGCUCACCGGGGACGAGACUGUCACCUCUGGCGAUGCCUACAUUGACGGCUACAGCAUUCUGAGGGAUGUCAAGAAGGUACAGCAGCGGAUUGGCUAUUGCCCGCAGUUCGACGCUGUCCUGGAUCACAUGACAGGAAGAGAAACGCUGAGCAUGUACGCUCGGCUCCGGGGGAUACCAGAGAAGUACGUGUCUGGCUGCGUGGAGAACGUGCUACGGUCCUUACUACUGGAGCCCCAUGCUGACAAACUAUGCCGCAGCUACAGCGGGGGCAAUAAGAGGAAGCUGAGUGCAGCUGUGGCUCUGAUUGGUGGACCCCCGGUCAUCUUCCUGGACGAGCCGUCCACUGGCAUGGACCCGGUUGCUAGGCGACUGCUGUGGGACGCUGUGACGCGCACCCGGGAGUCUGGAAAGGCCAUCAUCAUCACUUCUCACAGUAUGGAGGAAUGUGAGGCCCUGUGUACCCGGCUGGCUGUGAUGGUGAACGGUCAGUUUAAGUGUCUGGGCAGUCCCCAGCAUCUGAAGAGUAAGUUUGGCAGCGGCUACACACUACUGGCUAAAGUACGAGUGGACAAGGAGGUGGAGGAUAGCGACCUGCAACUCUUCAAGGACUUCAUCGAGAGCACCUUCCCAGGAAGUCUACUAACAGAUGAACACCAGGGCAUGGUGCACUACCACUUAACUGACAAGACUCUCACCUGGGCACAGGUAUUUGGCACCCUGGAGGCAGCCAAAGAGAAGUACAACAUCGACGACUACGCUGUGAGCCAGAUCUCCCUGGAACAGGUGUUCCUCAGCUUCGCCCAGUUCCAGCACUGCAGCAGGAAAUAGAUGGAGCGAGGAGGAAGACGGGGAGCUCCAUCUCUCUGUUUCUUUCUUUUUCUGUCUGUCCAUCCGUCGUGUGUAUCUCUCCACUCUGUGUGGAUGACCUGUGUACAUGGACUCGACUAUGUGACGCGCCACUGAGCUAUGAUCAGGUCUUGAUCUACACACACUUACAUACACACAGACAGACACUGCAGUGAUUGAAUCCCUGGAUACCCGGACUUCAACGUGGCCGUGUUACCCCAGCUCCCUCUAACCCCGCUGGGCUUGGACCGCCAACCAGACUGGACCUGUUGAUCCAAGCCUGGGUCUUAACCAUCAACCACUCCUUUCUCUUCUGUUCAAUCAGUUUGUGUGUUGGACAUUUAGGUCAGUCCAAUGGCAAGGUUAGGGAGUUUGGUUUGGGGGGGUUGUUGUCUGCUAUACGACCAAGUAAGGAAUCUUAGAUGUUACACCUUUUUUGUGUUUGACGUUUAAAGACCAUGUAUACAACUGGAUACCACUGGAUAUGAGUGGUCUACUCUGUAUAAUACAACUCAGCCUUGUGAAUGUGUGACAGGCAGGGUUGUGAAUGUGUGACAGACCUUUUUUUGAACUUGUAUGCAGCUUUCUUUGUUAUGUAUAAUUUUUGUCUCCUCAUAUGAUUCUUACUGUGGUCCUAAACAAUUGUGCACAGUGGCUAUUGUUCAUCACUGAUAUGAUUGAAAUAUACAAUGAAGCACUUCAAGUGAGGCAAUUGUAAAACAAAUCAACACAUUUUGUUUUCUUUAUUAGAGUAAAUGCCAUGCUAAUGCCAUGCCAGGGUAAAUGCUAUGCUCUAACGCUUGCUCAUCCUUUUUGGUCGGAUGUAAAUUAUGUAAUAGAUUCAUGGCACUGAAGCCACUUCCAGUAGGAAAUCAUUAGAUUGGUUUGCAGAAACGUUGCAGCUAACAAUUGCAUGUCUGAAUGAAUAACAACCUCUCUACACUGCAUUGCAUGGCACACAAAAAGCGUGCUAGGUAUUGAGAUGCCCUCAGACCAUCAUCGAAAUUCCUAAUUGCAAGAUUCAGAAAGAAAAAGCGUCUUGAAGGAUUUGGGCAUGUUGGACUGUGUGGUUUCUAUCCUUAGCAUUGUGUCCACUGACUGAAGCACAACUUCCCUUUCUAGGGGCUACAGAAAGUUUGAUGCAGUGUCAUAGUAAUAGAAUCACUAUAUCCGCCUGCUGAGGUACAGAUAUGUUAUUUGACUUUAAGGGAUAGGUCAAUGACCUUGUAAAAUGUGAAAUUGCUGAACUAUCCCUUUAAGUGAGGUGUUUUUUGGUUGGUUUAUCCACACUAAUUUAACUGCAGCUUAAUUAUUUCAUGUUAACUUUAUUUGUUUGUGUGCUGUUCCUUUACUGCUGUCAAUUAUACUACUACAGUACUACUAUGUUAUUCCUGAUUGCUGAAACAAAAUUAUGUUUUUGCUUAUCAAUGUGGAGAUGCAUUACAGCUAUGGACCAAUCACUGUUACGUCCUCUUAAUAUAGAGUUUAGAGUACUUUACUAUAGAGUAACACACCGUCCAGUCAACAAAUCAGUCACUUUUUUCCGUCCAUUGGCUGUUUUUUUUCCAUUUGCAAACCCUUAAUGUAAUUGAAUGAAGAGGUUGAAUGAGAAUGUGAUGUUUAAAAACAAUAGCUUCCACAAGAAUGAAAGUAUUUCUGUCCAGACAGAGAAUUCCUGCUUCUUGUCCCAGCAUUCCAUGUAUACAUUUUUUUGCUUUGUGGAAAAUGUUUAGGCCUAGUCCAAUAUUUAGUCUUGUGUCUAGACAUGCUAACUCUCCUAUGUUCUCCCAAUGCUACACUGGUUGAUGUGGUGUAUGUAUCUAAACUAUCAACAGUAGUCAUGGGAGCAUAGUGUAAAAGUCUUAAAGGGAUAGCUGAUUUUUUUGUUGAUCUUUUCACUUAAAAAAGUAAACUGUCCUUUCUAAAAGAAUGUUUCUGAAGAUGGUUAACUUAUCAAUGCAACUGACUGUAAAACAGCCUCACACAAGGACCAUGAAGGAUCAACUCUGCCUCCCCCCCCACCCCCCCCCCCCCGCUCAUAGCUCACUCAAUCUAACGAGUUGACUUAUUUUUUUGUUAAGCACUUUAGAAGUAAACCUCCGCAGCAAUGGCUGUUUCUGGGAUGGUUGAACUGAAGCACUGCGUGGGAUAGUUGACAAACUGAUAGGCAAGUGGUUACAGACUUAAAUAGAGGCUGAUGUUCAUGUUUGGAAGACAAAAAAUAGGGCUUAUUGAUUAUACAGGGCUCUGUCCUGACAAAUGCUGUUUUUGUUACGUCUCUACAUAUCAUAGUAGUUCAUCUAUAUGGACAUGUCUUACAGCUACAUCGCAUUUUGAGUUAAGUAUAAGAGAACUUGAAAACAUUGUGAUGAUGAUGCAUAUGAUUAGGAUAAAAUACAAUGUAUCAUAUUUAAAAAAGGGAAUCAUCAUUGUACUCGUAUGUACUGUAUCAUGGAACUAACCUUGUCUACUGUAUAAUUACUGCUAUUAUUUUUAAAUUAAAUUUGCUCUAUGCAAAUUGAAACAAAAA